AUGUCUCAACUAAUGUAUUGUUUGCAUCAUUUGAUGGAAGUUAAGCUCAUGAGGUCGAGUCGGACAAAAAAAAUAUGUAUCGAUUCCCUGUGUUUUACAAUCAUACUGUUCCUCUGGUUACUCAUCAAAUGUUUAUGUCAACCCUAUCGACGGGGCUACUGGUGCGAUGACCAUACCAUACGCUACCCGCACAAAGAGUUGGUCAUCACCACCAGUGCUACCGGUGCUGGUGGUAGUAGCGGUGGCGGUGGGUUUGCGGCCAUAUUUCUGCUUAUCUGGUCGUUCGUAUUGCCAGCGGUGGCCAUCAUUGUCUUCGAGUCGAUACGUGUGCGGAAAAUGUAUGUUUUCAUCGAUAAGACAUCCCAUCAAUUUGAUUGGCGAUACCUGUCGUGGAAAUUAUAUAAAAAACUAUCCGUUUUUUAUUUGGGUGCACUAGUAUUGGUACUGAUAACUACUGUUAUCAAGUAUACUACGGGCCGAUUGAGACCCGAUUUUAUUGAUCUGUGCCGACCCGACUAUGAUUGCCGCGGUAGUAACGGCAGUGGCAAAGAGGACAGUCGUACGGCAAUCUAUGUGGACAACUAUACCUGUGCUAACAGCUAUCGACUGUACGACCAGAUUCAAGAGGCUCGGAUGUCCUUCCUAUCGGGUCAUUCAGCCUAUUCGGCCUACUGUGCCGUCUAUUUCUGUAUAUACCUGCACCAGAAAAUGCGUUCCCAACUAUUGGUCGCACUCAAGGCUGUACUACAGCUGAUGUCUGUAUUGGCAUCACUUUAUAUCGGCUUAAACCGGAUAGUUGUCAACCGACAUCAUCCGAGCGAUGUCUGGUCUGGCCUGCUAUUGGGCACCGGUAUGGCCUGUCUGGUUAACCGAUACUAUCUGAACAGUCGGCGUAUGGGUUAUACCACUGAUACCGACACUGAUACCGAUGAUACUCGGGGUAGUGUCGAUCUGAUACAGGCAUCAAAUAGCUAUUACGAUAGCAAUUUGUCAGAUAAGACAUGA